AUGGAUGAAUACAAAGAUGGAGAAGAUUCAUCAAAAUCUAAAGCUAAAUUUGAGGAAGAAGAGACAGACAGUAGUGAUGAUUUAGCAAGUUUGGAAGACAUUAAUGCUGAAUUUGAUCAGAUUCUCUCUGCUUUUCAAAAUAAUCAUAAAGAAAUUAUUUAUUUUAUGCUUAUUACUUUACAGAAAUACCUUUAUAGCUACUCAAAAGCAGAAGAAUUUCUUGAUAUCCAAUCAGAUAGAAUAGAACUAAUAAUUAACAUCAUCAAUUCGACUAUAAAUCAUAAAGUCAUAGUAAUUUCUACGCAGAUUUUCUACUUAUUUGUUGAAAUAUUGCCACAAGAACAAAUAAUUCCAUACUUUUCGGAUUUUUUACAAAUAUUAAAAUUAAAAAUAGACGAGUUGCAAUUAAUAAGUAAAGCCCCUGCCAUGUUUGACUUAAUAUACCAAUUUUAUGAAAACAAAAAUACAACAAAUAUCGCAAUUGAUGAAAUUAAUCUCGAAUAUUUACUUCACUUAACAGAAAACAUUAAUGAUAUGCCAUCAUAUCAGUUUAAUGGAUGCAUGAUAUACUUACUCUCCAGGAAAAAAGAUGAAAGCUUUUCAAAUUUGAUAUUUCAAUAUAUUGGGCGAUAUCUUCCUAUGUUACAUGAUGAACAUAACUACCAUAAGACUGUUUCAACAUUCCUUCAAAUAAUUUCCAUUGCAAUAAUUACAAAACUGUUAUCAUGUCAACAAAUUAUUGAAUUAGACGUACCCAAUUCAAUAGUUUUGCUUCUUGGAUCUGAACGUCGUAGAUUUGUUGAUUUGGCAGCCAAGAUUAUCGGAUAUUUAGCCAAAAUCCAGAUAUUUACUGAUGUUUCUCUUGAGUUAAUAUUUGAUAUUAUUGAUCAUUUUAAUUCUGCUGAUCUUACAGCUGAUUUGAUAUGGAUGAUGAGUAACUUACUUGAAAACGAGCAGUUUCGAGGCCAAUUACUGAAUAACGAAGCGCUUGUAAGGAUUUGCAUGCUAUUUCAUAACUCUUGUUUCAAUGUUAGAAAAGAAAUUGGUUUAUUACUUAUACAUCUUGUUGAUUACAUUUCUGAUUCAUCAUUACUGAAAGAAAAUGAUAUAUUGGAGAUUCUUCUUGAACUUAUUGCAGGAAAUGAGGAGAGAAUAGUUUGGUCUGGUGUCCUUUGUCUUCCAAAGAUAAUUAGCAUAUUUAAAGGGGAAGAAAGAGUUGAAUUUCUUAACUUUCUAAAAGAAAGUCUCUCUGAUUCUAUUGACAAUCUUGAAGAGAGAGAUUUCGAUGAAGAAUACCAAAAUUCAUUAGAUAUUAUUUUUGCUGCAGUAGACAGUCUAGAAUAG